CGCUGUGGUUCUUCCGGGUAACUAUCGUCACGCAAAAACUUCUCCUUUCAAGAUGGCAGCAGCAAUGGAUGUAGAUACGCCGAGCGGUGCAAACAGUGGAGCUAGCAAGAAGCGAUUUGAAGUAAAAAAGUGGAAUGCUGUGGCGCUGUGGGCCUGGGACAUCGUGGUAGAUAACUGUGCUAUCUGUAGGAACCACAUCAUGGAUCUCUGUAUAGAGUGCCAGGCCAACCAAGCUUCCGCAACCUCUGAGGAGUGCACUGUAGCCUGGGGUGUCUGCAAUCAUGCCUUCCAUUUCCACUGUAUUUCCCGCUGGCUGAAAACCAGGCAGGUGUGCCCUCUGGACAACAGGGAGUGGGAGUUUCAAAAAUACGGACACUAGCUGUAUUAUUGCAGACCUUUUUCUUGGCUCUUACAAGCAUCACCCUUACUGUUGCUUUGCCCUCCCUGCUUGUAAACCUGGUUCUCAUUUUAUGCCCAUGUCUUUGUUUUGGUAUGUUGUAAGUACACAAAUAAACAUUUAUGUUGUCACAAAACAAAUCUUG